AUGUCAACAUUGUCAGGAUUUCAUUUGAUGAUUGUAUCAAAAUACUUCUCCACUUUCAGAGACUUUUUAAAUGUUGAGAUAGUCUGCAAAAAGUUUAGGGGGAACACAGAAAAAUUCCACUUUAAUCCGAUACCCUUGACAUUGGAAUCUAUUGAUGAAUUUCCCAAUCUUGAGACUUUGGUGUUAUAUUCAGAAAACGACCCCAUAUUUACGAAACGAAGAAUAUUUAAAACAAUUUUAUCUUCAAAGACUUCUUAUGGAAACUACCUUAAUUAUAAAGAAUUUGGUGUUCAAUGUAACAAAGUCGAAUUGGAUAAAAUACAAAUAACACAAUUUGAUCAAAUUGAUUCUGAAAAAGUUACCCAUUUAGCUUGCGAAUGUUACAGUCGCUCAUCUACAUUAAAGCAUGUAAUUUUACCACCAAAACUUGAAGAAGUUGGAUAUGGUUGUUUUAAAGGGUGUAAAUGUCUUGAAACAAUUCAAUUUCCAACUACUGUUCUUUCAAUUGGAUGUGUCUGUUUUGACUAUUGUGGAAUGCUUUCCUCAGUAACAUUACCAUUGUUAAUUAAAGAGAUAAAGGAGUGGACUUUCAAUCACUGUUUUUCUCUGAAAAAGAUUAACAUUCCACAAAGUGUCACUUCAAUUAAGUAUGGGGCAUUCAGUGACUGCACUUCUUUGUCUUUUUUAACAAUUCACAACAAAAUCAAGGAAUUUGGACUCGAGUGCUUCAAAAAUUGUUUCUCUAUGAAAGAGAUCAAAAUAAAAAAUUCAAAUUAUUGUGUUCAAUGCGGUCUUCGUCUCGUUUACAACUCUUCAAAUAAACUCGUCUCAUUUCAACUACCACACAAAAACGUAUUUGUGAAUGAUUUUCCAUUCAUUUUGCUUAAAGACUGUUCAACGAAAUACACAAUCCCAUUUGGAAUUAAGUCAAUAAGAAAAUAUUGUUUCUACAAGACUCCACUCGAGAAAGUAAAAUUUACAACAACAUUGAAAAAAAUUUGCCAGAGUUCUUUUGAAAAAUGCAACAAUUUAUUUUCUGUCGACCUACCAACAUCUAUUAUUCGUCUUGAAAAAAAUUCUUUUGACUCUUCAUGUUCUUUGAGAACAAUCAACAUUCCACAAACACUCAAAAAUAUCGAGCCAAGAACCUUUAAUUCGUGUUCGAAUUUGAUUGAUGUCCAACUUUACCAUUCCACUAAUUAUGAAAAGUAUGUACCUUAUAAAUAUCCACCAAUUUCGAUACCAGAAUCCACUGUGUUUAAAAAGUAA